AUGGGCGGUUCAUCCUCUAAACAUAACAAUUCGUCUUCUACAACAACAACUACUACUACGACUAAAAACAAUAAUAACUACACAACAACAAAUACCACAACCAACACGUAUAAUACAUCCUCAAAUUCAUCAUCAUCGGUAAACAAAACAACACCUUCUUCUUCCAAUGCUACCACAUCAACAGUGAAUAGUGGAGAUGAGAUGGAGAAAUUAUAUGCGCAAUAUGCUGCAUUAGAUCCAAAAGAUCCAAGUAAUGAGGACGACGUUGAUUAUAUCGGAACGGAAGGCAUUCUCAAGAUGGCUGAAGAUAUUGGUAUUAAUCCGGAGCAACGAAUUCUGUUGAUUAUCUUGUACAAGAUCGGAGCAACCGAACAAUAUAAAAUCAAGCAUAAAGAAUUCAUUGAUGGAUUCAAACGAAAUGGUUGUUAUUCGAUGAAGGACAUUAAAAGCAAAGCACCAACCUGGGAACAACCAAUCACUAAUAACAAUGCAGAGUUUAAAAAGUUUUAUAUUUGGUGCUAUCAAUAUUCAAAGGAACCAUCAGCAAAGAGCAUGUCAGCAGAGAUGGCAUCUGCAACAUGGCGUUUAAUUCUUAGUGACAGAUACAAAAAGAUUAACGAAUGGUGUGAUUAUGUCGAGAACACGUACAAGAGAGCAAUCCAAAAAGAUUCUUGGGAUUUAUUUAUUGACUUUGUCCAUAACGUUGGUGAUGAUCUAACGAAAUAUGAUGCUGGUGAUGCAUGGCCAGUGAUUGUUGACGAUUGGUGUACAAUGCUAUUGCAAAAGAAGAAUGAACAAUAG